GUGUGUCACUGCAGCGGGAAGUCUCUCUGUCACUGUGACGGGGUCAAAGGUCAAAAGGGUGAAUCUGGUUACCUCGGAUACGACGGACUUCCUGGAGUGAUCGGUUACCCUGGUAACGAGGGCGACCAGGGCCCAUCUGCGGAAAAGGGUGACGAGGGAACAGCCGGAGGUUCAGGACUGAAAGGCUCUCGGGGUCUUCUAGGAAAACCAGGUUUUCCAGGACCUCCAGGACUGCCGGGACUCCCCGGACAUGAAGGACCAAUUGGUCUACCAGGACUCCCAGGAUGCAAUGGGACAAAGGGGGAUGUUGGUUACCCAGGGUUCUCUGGGGUUCCAGGACCGGCCGGCCUUCUAGGUCGACAAGGACUGCAAGGUUUAAAGGGACGCUCGUUCGUCUUUCCGUUCACUCAGGACAUUAAAGGAGCAACAGGACCACAAGGACGAGAUGGAGAAAAUGGGCUGAGUGGAGGUCCAGGUGGACCAGGCCUGCCAGGACCACCAGGAUCCGCUGGACUUUUUGGAAGUCCAGGGUUGCCGGGGUUACCAGGAGAGAAGGGUCAAGAGGGUCCCAGUCCGGUGAUACCGGGUCCCCGUGGACAGACGGGUGAUCAUGGUCCAUCGGGGAUCCCUGGACAGAAAGGAAUUAAACUGUAUGCUGAAGGACCCAAAGAACUGAAGGGAGAACCAGGUGAAGUUGGACUGAAAGGUUGCCUUGGACUUCCUGGUGUGCCGGGUACACCGGGGGUUAAAGGACAAAAGGGCGGGCGAGGUGAUCCUGGCUCACUAGGUAAACCGGGGAAGGAUGGAGUCCUUGGAGAGCUGGGAGAACAGGGAGUCUCCGGGGAUCGUGGGUUACUCGGUCCUCCAGGUAUCGGAGGAGCCGCGGGAGAGAAAGGUGAUCGUGGUUUUCCAGGUCUUCUAGGAGAGACGGUUUUUAAGCACAGAUUCCUGAAGGGCCAGCGUGGAGUCCCCGGGGUCCGCGGACCACAAGGAGUCCAGGGAGAACAAGGACUCAUUGGUUUUCCUGGACUGCAGGGCGAGUCAGGUGUGGCACCCACUGGUCCACCAGGCCCCCAGGGGCAGCCCGGCUCAUCCGGACCCAACGGACAACCGGGAGAGCUGGGGCCCCUCGUUUUUGGGCCCCCGGGAAAGACUGGAAACCCAGGAGCUCGUGGAGUUGAAGGAGAACCAGGAGAACCAGGAAUACCAGAAUUCCUGCCGGGAGACGCUGGUCCUCCAGGAACUAAAGGUCCAAAAGGCCCGCUGGGAUUCCCUGGAGUCAGAGGGGAGGAAGGACGGACGGGUGAGAAGGGUGAGGUGUGUUCGGACUGUCCGCUUAUUCCUGGCCCCCCGGCACCUCCAGGUAAACCCGGAGAGCCAGGUGAACACGGGGCGAAAGGAUCAGUCGGCUUUCCAGGACCCAAAGGUCACAAAGGGGUCAAAGGUGUUGGAGGACCAGCUGGUCCACAGGGGUCCUUUGGUGGUCCUGGCCUCCCAGGGACCCCAGGACCAGUUGGUGACCCUGGGAUCAUGCAGAGGGUCGGGCAGAAGGGUCAGGAGGGGGACCGGGGCCAGCCGGGACCUCCGGGUUCAGAGGGGAGAGACGGAUCUUCAGGAUUUACAGGACCCAAAGGUGUUCUGGGACAAAAAGGAAACCCUGGUCCUCUGGGGCCAAAAGGUGACAGGGGCCCCCUCGGUGAGACUGGUUCCAGAGGACUAACAGGACAAGUGGGACCUCCGGGACCACCUGAAAUUGGGGAUCCAGGACCUCCAGGAUAUAAAGGCAAUGUGGGGGUUCUGGGACCGCGAGGAGAUCCUGGGAAGCCAGGUGAAAAAGGUUCUCCAGGUGAAAUCACAACCUCUCCAGGAGAUCCUGGACAGAAAGGAGAGAGAGGUUUAUCUGGAAACCCCGGACCUGAAGGUAUGACAGGACUUCCAGGUGUUCCGGGAUAUGUCGGUCCAAGGGGAGAGAAGGGAGAUGAAGGAUUCUCCGUCCAGGGGCCUCCAGGCUUUCCAGGGGUCAAAGGACUCAAGGGCCCCCCAGGAGCUCCAGGUGUACCAAAUUUUGGUGUUAAGGGACGGGCGGGGCCAUCAGGCCCCCCAGGGAUGCCGGGAACCAAGGGAAGCAGAGGUAUCGGUUUCCCAGGUCAGCAGGGUCAGUCGGGCCCCCAGGGGGAAGAUGGCUCUGUGGGGCCCCAAGGAAACCUCGGACCCCAAGGACUAGAUGGAGUUCCAGGACCUCCAGGACAAGACGGACCACCCGGACCCAAAGGUCGUAGUGGUCUGGAUGGUUUACCUGGUCCUGGUGGUUCUGUUGGAUCAUGUUUACCUGGAUCUCCUGGACGUGAAGGAGAGCGGGGAUGGAUUGGCAUCAUCGGAUUCACAGGGAUGCGGGGCCCAAAGGGUGACAGGGGCGACCAUGGCCGACCAGGUGUUGGGGCUCUGGGGCCUCAGGGGUCUUACGGGGUUCCCGGGUUUGAUGGAACUCCGGGGUCAGUCGGAGAAGUUGGACUGAAGGGCCUGAGAGGGACCAAUGGGGAGCCAGGAAGCACAGGUAUCAGAGGAGACGUGGGUCCCCUAGGAGCCCUCGGGAGUCCAGGGGAUGAUGGGAAACCAGGAGAGACUGGACGACCGGGACCCAAAGGUCAGGUGGGUGUAGAUGGGGUCAGUGGUUCUCAGGGGCCUCAGGGGCCCCAGGGGGACAGAGGAGAAACUGGACCAAAAGGAUUCCAGACAGCUGUGGAGGUGUACGGAGAUCCUGGAGACCCUGGAGACCCUGGGCCCACAGGUUUCACUGGUAGUAAAGGAGAAAGGGGCCUCCCAGGGCCACAGGGCCUUGACGGCAGAACCGGUAGACUUGGAGAUGGCGGACCGCAAGGACCUCCUGGAGACACCGGCAGAGAUGGAGAGAGAGGUCCUCCUGGUCCUUGUGGACUCAACGGUAACCAAGGAGAGAUGGGGAAGCCAGGUUUUAAAGGUGGGAAAGGUUGUACAGGGCCUUGUGGGAAACCUGGAUCAGAUGGAAUACCAGGACCAGGAGGACUUAAAGGUUCUAAAGGAGAAACAAGUCCACCUGGACCCGGAUCAAAAGGACCUCCAGGAGAGAAGGGAAAUCCAGGAUGUUCAGGAGCACCAGGUACAAAGGGGGAACUGGGAGACAUUGGAAACUUUGGUCCCCCAGGAGCCUGUGGCCCCUGUGGCCCCAAAGGACAUCCUGGACCCCAAGGAUGCAGAGGUCCUCCUGGGACUCCUGGUGAAAAGGGUUGUGAUGGUCCUUCGGGGAAAAAUGGCCCUCCAGGACCCACCGGCCUCACAGGUACCAAGGGGGCUCCUGGAGUUCCUGGUCCAGCUAGUCCCAGAGGAAACCAGGGACAGGAUGGGAUACCUGGACCUCCUGGAGAGAAAGGAGCAAUGGGAGCUCCUGGAACCGGGACCCGGGGCCCAGAUGGGAAGACGGGUCCACCUGGGUAUCCCGGGGAGCAGGGUCCUCCUGGUGUCUGUGGUCCACCUGGUCCCCAUGGUCCUGGGGGAAACCCAGGUUGUCCUGGUCCUCCUGGACCUCCUGGUCCUCCUGGUUGUGCCGGCAAGGAGGGAGUCUGUAUUGAAGGAAGCAAAGGAGAAAAUGGACUGCCUGGAGGACAAGGACCAAAAGGUCCGGCAGGCUUUCGGGGUCCUCCUGGUCCUCCAGGUCCUGGUUUUAAAGGAGAGAAGGGAUCUAAAGGAGCAACAGGUUUCCAAGGACCACCUGGUUACCCUGGUGACCCUGGCCCUCGAGGCAAACCGGGUGAAGACAGACCACCAGGCCCUCGAGGACUUGAAGGCCAGAUGGGACCCACUGGUGUCACAGGACCUGUUGGUUUAAAGGGGGAGGAGGGACCACCAGGUUACGUUGGCUCGCCAGGACCUCCAGGACCACCUGGGAGGAGAGGCCAGAGAGGGGUGGACGUAUCCAGGGAGGUGGUGCUGUUGCCAGGAGACGAAGGCCCAGCCGGAGACCCAGGACUCAAAGGAGAAAAGGGACCCCCAGGGACCCAAGGGAUACCUGGAGGUCCAGGUUUGAAGGGCAUCGGAGGGAGGGCUGGUAGAAGAGGACUAGGUGGCCGUCCUGGAUUGAAAGGGGAUCAGGGAGACCGAGGUCUUCUUGGAUCAAAAGGUGUUGCAGGUCCGAAGGGUUUGCUCGGUGCUAAAGGUAUUCCAGGUCGAUCGGGUCCCUGCAGGGACACGCCGGAGACCGACGCCUUCAUGUUCACCAGACACAGCCAGAAUCUCUUCAUCCCAGAAUGCCCUGCAGGAUCUACAGAGAUGUACAGCGGAUACUCACUGCUGUUCAUCAACGGAAACAACCGGGCUCAUGGACAAGACCUGGGUACAUUAGGUAGUUGUUUACCUCGUUUUACCACCAUGCCCUUCCUGUUCUGUAACACUGACAGCACCUGUCGCUACGCCUCACGCAACGACUACUCCUAUUGGCUGUCCACCGACGAGCUGCUGCCGGGCGGCAUGCCGUUAAUCUCCGGGGAUUCACUGAGGAAUUACAUCAGCCGGUGUACCGUGUGUGAGGCCAGAGCCAACGUGAUGGCCAUCCACAGUCAGACCAACAUCAUCCCAGAGUGUCCGUCAGGCUGGCACGGUCUCUGGUUCGGAUACUCCUUCGUCAUGGAAACAGGAGUGGGGGCGGAGGGGUCGGGUCAGCCUCUGGCCUCACCUGGAUCCUGUCUGCAAAACUUCAGGAAGAUUCCCUUCAUCGAGUGUCACGGCCGAGGAACCUGCAACUACUACACCGACUCCUACAGCUACUGGCUGGCUGCUCUCAACCCCAACGACAUGUUCAGUAAACCCAAGCCUCAGACGGAUACCGGACACUUUCCAGGCAGUCUGAUCAGCCGCUGUCGAGUCUGUCUGAAGCAGCUGUGAACAUCAACGCGGCUGAUACUGCUGAUACUGCUGAUACUACUACUGUAAAUACUACUACUGCAACUAAUACUUCAACUGUUACUACUACUAUUACUACUGCAACAUCUACUUCAACUACUACGUUUGUUACUGCUACAUAUACUACCAAAUAGCAACGCCUCACUAUCAAAAAAUACUUCAUUAGAGAUUAAACUGCAGCCAACAUCAGAGCUGAUGUCCAGUUCUGAUGUAAAACUUUAUACGUCAAAGUACCUGGAAGUACAGAGUAAAGUACUUCUCUCUGAGAUGUAGCAGAGUAAAAUUGGAAAUACUCAGCUGACAAAGCUGUACUUUAAUACAAUACUCAGAAGUAAAAUGAAUAGAAUAAAAACAAAGCAUGUUGUAGUAAUAAUCAUCCUGCUUCUCAUGCUACUGUUGUAAGAGUAAUAAGAAUACUACAAAUACUAAAAGUAUAAUUAUUAAUUGUAGUUCUUUGUGCAUUAUUACUACUGCUACUACAGUACAGUGGUACUCGGUGUACUUAAUACAUGCCCCAAGUUUUGAUGUAAAAAUCAGUUAGUGUACCCAAUUACUACUACUAUUACACACUACGACUGUAAGUACUGCUUUUCUAGUAGUUACAACUUUUAAAUACUGCUACUACUACUGCCUUAAGCACUGCUACUACUACUGUGAGUACUCUCAGCUAGUACUGCUUCUGGUACUAGGUAAAGUACUAAUACUACUCUCAUCACUAAUACUAUUGCUACCAUUACUGUAUGUACUACUGCUAGUACAAGUACAACAAUCACUACUGUCAGCACUACUAAUACCACUAAUACUACUAUGAUGACUGGAGCUGCAGUACCUCCUUCUGCCAGAGGAGGCAGAGCUGAAACACCAUAGAAGAAGAAGCUGCAGUUCCUCCAACAGCCUCCAGACGGACCUCCAAAAAAACAGAACUACAAGUUAAAGAAAAACAUAUUUUUAUUUUCUGCACGGCAACAGCGCGCAGCUCUCUGAUUGGAAGAUUCAAACAGCAAAGCACUCUGGGUGACGUAGUUGCCUUCUAUCAUAAAGUUUUCUUACAUAUUCUUCUUUUUAAACGCUGAUAAUAAACAUUAAAUAAUACGACGUUAUCGUCUUUAGAAGCUCUCUUGUACAUAAAUAUCACGGAUAUGAUUGUUGAGUUUUAAUAAAACAUGUUUUACAGAAGUCAA